ACAUAUUUAAUUGCUGAUCCAAUUGCUGAUUAUCUUUAAUUAUCGUAAAACAAAUCAUGUAACAAUCACUUAAUUAAACAACAAGUGUUGUUUAAUGAUUAAUCAUUUUUAAUCGUCCAAACUGAAGGAGUCAUCAUUAAUCAAUGUAUUAAUAAAAUUUGGUGGCUUCCAAUCAAUAACUACAAAUAACUGUAAAUCAGUGUAAAUGUUUAAUUGUGAUUAAAUUUUUGAUUUUUUUUCUCCACAAAAAUCAAGGAUAUCAACUCGAAUGAAUUUAUCGAUUAUUAGAUUGGAUUAAAUUGUUGUUCGUUAUUCUAAAUUGCGAAUGUAGGUGUCACCCUGAACCCUGAACUUUUUUCCAUGAUGAAAUUAAUGAUUUUCAUGUUGGAUUCGAGACUGUUGCUGAUUCCUUUUCCAUCGUCAUCUCUCCUGUUGAACUUUUAUUUCCCAUUCUUUCAAUGUCUAUCUUAGAGAUUAUGUGUUAUGGAUAAAUGGCAGCAACCAAAAUGUUCUCAAAAUUCAAAGGUUCAACUGUAAACUCGAAUCUAUUCGAGGCCAAUUACCCUCGAGGUCCAACUAAUUACAAUCCUUUCGACACUAAUCCAAUUUCGCAAUAUUUUGAUAUUGGAAAUCAGUCCGGAAGUGCUGGACCAGAAUUAGCCUGGAAAAUAUAUGAUGCAACCCGAAAACUGGAUAAAAAGGAAGCAUCAGUAUUUUUCUUCAACAAAAAAUCAGUUGAUAAACUUCAUAAACCGAAACGGAAAGAGGCCAUUUCAGAGAUACUCAAGUUUAGUGCAAAACAAUUGGAUCGUUAUCGACACCCGAAAAUAUUGACCCUUUACCACCCGGUAGAGGAAUCGCCCGAAACUCUUGCCUUUGCAACUGAACCAGUAAUGGGAAGUCUUGCCAAUGUACUUGGAUACCUAGAGGAUAGAUUACCUCAGAAUUUGAAUUCACCCAUCAAGCAAUAUUCAUUUCUCGAGUUCGAGGUUAAAUAUGGACUUUUACAGCUUGCGGAAGCUCUGUUAUUCUUACACUAUUCUUGUAAAAUAAUUCACCGAAACAUUUGCCCACAAUCUGUGAUAAUCAAUAGAAAAGGGACCUGGAAAUUGGCUGGAUUUGAAUUCACUGAGAGAUGUGCUGAUAAUGAUAUCAUGAUGCCGAUAUCGUGUCAACCGUUUACCAGUAAAUUACCAAAAUCGGCUCAACCUGAUCUCGAUUUCACGGCACCCGAAGUUCAAAAUCAAUCAUGUUGUAGUCCCUUGAGUGAUAUGUUUUCUCUUGGAAUACUUAUAUGCACACUGUACAAUAAGGGUCGAUCACCAAUCGAAUCGAACCUCUCUCUUGUCCAAUAUAAUCGUAAAAUCGAACUGUUAAGUCGAAAUGCUGUUUCGAUAUUGGAAAACCUUCCCACUGACCUUUCCCUUCCGGUUCAGGGUUUAUUAGAUUUCGAGCCACGUCGACGUCCCACCUCACAAGCAUUUUCAAUGGUUAAAUACCUUAUGGAUCCAUGUAUUCAUGCUCUCCAGUACCUCGAUGUAAUCCAGAUGAAAGAUUCAACUCAUAAGUCAACCUUUUAUUUUAAUCUAAAAGAGAUACUUCCAAGUAUACCCAAGAAAAUGUGGUUCACCCAUAUUCUACCUUCCAUGGAGACUGAAUUCCAAAGUUCAGAAGUUCUGGCAGCAGCUCUUCAACCUCUUCUUCGGAUGAUUGAAGAAUCAUCCAUUGAAGAAUACCAGACUAUCAUAUACCCAAUAGUCCGAAAUAUCUGUUUAAUGCCAAAAUCCGUUCAGGCAACUGUAACCCUAUUGGAAAGCAUGGAUAUCUUAAUCUCGAAAACCGCAAAAUCUGAUUUCAAAAACGAUAUCCUACCAAUGGUUUAUAACGCAUUCGACUCUGCAACACCACAGAUUCAGUGUGCUGCUCUUCAAGCUGUCUCUUUGGUAAUUGAUGAUCUUGAUCAAUAUACAAUCAGUAAAACAAUUUUACCUCGAGCAAAGUUUUUUUUCGAAGGCAAUUCCAGUAUUCAGAUACAAGCCAAUACUCUUAACUGUAUCGAAAGAGUUCUGGAUAAUCUGGAGAAAACUGAAAUUCUAGAUGAAGUUCUGCCCAUUCUAAGUAAAGCAAAGUUAACUGAGCCCAUGGUUCUAAUGCCAGUAGUUCGUAUUUAUAAGAGGAUGAUGAGUGACAAACGUUAUGGUUUAACAGUUAACUUACUAGCAACCAAAGUAUUACCCUCCUUGACCCCGGUGGUGGUUUCACCCACUCUUAAACUUGAAGAGUUCUCAUUGUUAGUUAAAUUGUUACAAGAGAUGUUGGAACAUGUCGCUCGUAAUCAACGUAACAAACUGAAACUUGAACGAUUAUCAAUGCCAUCAACUGAUGGAAGAAUGCAACUUCAUCGUAACUUAGAUCAGCCCAUUGGUUAUCCACAUCGACCUCCAUGCCUUAGACUGGAAAACCGACGAACCUCAAUUUCGGUUGAUGAUGUGGUCAGAAGAACGACCUCUUCGGGUGCCUCGAGUCCCGAUAUUAAUCUUCUUCAGGUUCAGGGUAACCUACCUGGUCGUCGACAUUCAGACAACACCAUUCAACCACCAAGGAUAUUUGUUGCUCCCUCCAGUCCAACGGGUUCGGGUUCAAUGUCACGUCGAACCAGUUUUGCCAAUCUUCAUUUUCGUCGGCAUUCAAGUGCGAAUCCAAAUGAUCCCAAAUAUAACCACAAUUCAAUUUUUUCGGCUUACAGUUUCAAACCUUCCCAGGGGAUUGAUUUUUUCAUUCCAAGUUUAUCCAAUACCAAUCGAAGUCCAAACCAUUCAUCUCCAUCACCGGUGGGUGGUAGACGUUAUUCAACUGCAGCCGUUUUCAAUCAAGGAUCAAAUUCAACAACACCUUCAAGUCUCCUUCAAACACUUGGGUCUGGUAUGCAACAACUUUUUGGUAAAUGAAUCAAAUUUAAUUUUCACUGCGAUGGUUUAGUUAUCAAUUUAAUCAUUAAACGCUCAUGGUUAAAGGUCACAAUCAAAACGCAUCACCACCGUCAUCAGCAUCAUUGGUUGAUUACAAUUAGUCCUAAUCAUGACUCCUGUUGAAUUUAAUUUGAUUGUGUUUAGAGGUUCAUUUUCACAAUCAAAUUGAUUAUGAAUUAGCCUGAGGAUAAAUUGUUUUGAUUUUGUAUCUGAUUGUCCUAAUCAAAUUAAGGAUAUGAAUUGAAUACAGUUCAAACAAUUUAAGUUGAUCAUGAUGGUGACGACAACAGCAAAAAUGAUUAGCCAACAAUUAAAAUCCCUCUAAACACCAAUGAAGCUCAUCAAUGAGGCAACGAAAAUAUAAUUCAAUUAAUUUUCAACUAAACAAUUAACUCCUUAAUUGUUACACAAUUUAAUAUACAUAUUUAAAAAAUAACUCAUCUAAUUAAUUAAGUAUUCAUUUAAGAAUCAAAUCAAUUAUAUAAAUAGUAAAUAUUAUCUUAAGAGCAUAUUCACAAUUAAGAUUAAAACAAUUAACUUCAUCUUCCCGUUGAAUAUGCAACAAUUAACGUAAUAGGCAAAGUUAAUUGAAUACCCAGAGAAAUUAAUUGAAACAAUUUAAGUGUUAACAUUGUUUGAGAUUAAUUAUUUUUCAUCUUGACCAUAAUUGUUAAUUAUUAUAACAAUUAAAGGAUAAAAAUCAAAUUUUAAUCAACUACCAAUCAAAUUUAAAAACGUACACACACAAAAAAAAGGUUAACAAUUAAUAGUUUAAAUUUUUGCUUAUCAAAUCAUUACAAUUAAUCAUCAUCUAAAUUGUCAAUAUAAAUUAUCAAUGAUAAUCAAAGUUAAUUCACCGUUAAUUGCAUAAUUAUCAAUUGAAAAGUUAGAUUUAAUUAUAUUCGUGACUGAACAAUUAUCUCACAAUUUAACCCAAAGGUCGUAAUUAAAACCAAAUUGCAAUCAGUUAAUUGUGAAUAGAUUUCAUUUACUAGUAUUUAUAAAACUGUUAAUUAUAAUUAGAAUCGCAAGAUUAACAAUUGAUUAACAUGAUGAGCAAAAAACAAAAUUAACUGAUUAAUUGUCACUCAAGGUUGUUAUCUAAAUACAAGAACAUGUAACUGAAUCAAAUUGAAAUUGAAAUAGAAGAAGAAAAAAAAAAUUCAUCAACAAUUAACUUCCUGAUUUUCCCCUUCAUGUAUCAUGAUAAUCAUCAUGAUUAGUUAAAAUCGUCCAGAGAUAUUAAGGUUUUAGGGGAAAUUAACUCUGAUUUGUUAUGGAAAUAGUUCCCAUGAAAAUAUCUUAUCAGAAUAUUAUUUAUCAGAAUUACCAUGUACUUGCUUGAAUACUUAUCAGAAUUAACCAAAUGUAAGAAGGAAAAAAAAUAUCUCAUGAUUUUGAUAACUUUUUUUCUUCUCUAUUCAUGAUGAUUAUUACUUUGAAUUCAUUGGAGCUGAAACAAUUAUAAUCAUUUGGUAACCAUGGUAACGUUCUGGUAGAAAAGAAGGAGAAAAAAAGUUCUAACGAGAAAAUUUUCUCUUAUCAUUAAAUUGGAACUUUUUUUUUUCUAAAAUUCUGAGUUGCAAUUUACUUUUCUUGCUUUUUCAGUUAAUUCUUAAUUGUUAAUUAAAACCAUCAUCAUCAUCAUCUUGCAAUUUAAUUUUAUCUCUGAUUAGUGGAUUGACAAUUAUUAAAUUUUUUCCUCAUAUUUAGUGUUAAUUAAGUUUGAAAUUUAAAUGAAUUGAGAUGCUUGUAAUCAAACUUCAUUUGUUAAUCAUCUUAAUCGUCACAAUUAUUUUUAAUUGUCUCCCACUUUCCAAUUAUCUUUUCAAAUGUAAUAUUUAUUUUGAUUGAUCAUAACACUCACACACAAUUAAUUAACCUUUGAUUGUAUUUUAUCAAUGAUUAUCCCACAAAAUGAUGUCUAAUUAAAUUGCUAAUUGUUGUAAAUUGUUUGUAAUUAAAAGGACAAACAACAAUUGUAUCAAUAUACAUAAUAAUAUACAUAAUUAAGAUUAAAAAUUCAAUUGAUUGUUUAUAACAAAACAAAAGGAGUAAAUUAUUUUCACUCUGAUUAGUUAAUCAUUGGAGAUGAUUAAUUUAACUCAAAUUAGUCAACUGAUUUAUACAAUUUGGGAAAAGUUGAUUGAACUGAUUAAAUGUUAAGGGAUUUAGAAUAUCUAAUCAAAUUAUUGAAGGCGUUAAUUAUUUCUGGUUGAUUGUUGAUCAACAUCAUCAUCACUCCUAGUUGAGAGUUAAUUGUCAACUAGAUUGGAUAUUGUCAAGUAAAUUGUUCAAUUUUUUUUUUGAAAAUCAUGUAAACAUCAAAUGUUACAAUCUAAUUGAUUGUUAGUUAAACUUUAAAGUUUUAAUUCACUAUUAAUAAUCUCAUUGAGUGUAAACAAACAUAAUGGACUCCAAACGUAGUGGUCAGUUGAAAUGGUCAGUGCUAUUUAUUGGUAUUAAUGUUUACCAUGUGAUCGGAUUACCAUUACCACCCAGUGGUCAACAAGUUUCACCACUUUCACCAGCAAAUGCUACGGUUGAUUUUAACUUAUCAUUGUUGACAUUAGUGGUCAUUAAAGUUAAUGAGGUCAAGCAGAUUGGUCAACAAUUGUACAAAAGGUAAUGUAAACCAUUAGGUUAACUGUUUUCUGUCCUUUGAUGGUGAAUUGACAGAGUGAUUAUUCAAUUCUCUCAACAAUUAGGUGGGAGGUUAUUAAUUGUCCGAAUCUGGAAGUGGCUGUUUAUGGCGAUUGUUUCAUUAAAUCUCAGGUCACUUUGAUCGCCGCGGCUGCAGCGGGUUCUAGUUUGUUCGUAGUGUUGUUGUGUUUUCUGUGCAGACGAAGAAGGCACAAGGAUAAGGCUUAUCAACAAUAUCUCUCGGUGGUUGAUGGUCAGCGACUGGGAAUGGACAUAAAGGUGAACCUCGAUUGGACACUUGGAGUUGGUUUAGUGAGAGAAAAAAGAGAAAGAGAAAAGAGAGAGAAGAAAGAUGGAUUCGAGAAAGAGAAAAGGAAAUUGAAAGAAGACGAAGAAAGGAAAAAGGCAAAAGCCAAAGGUUAAAGGUGGAAACGGAAAUGGAUUAGUGGUAGUUCAUUCAUAAUCACAAUCACGGAUAAAGAUUAAACCGUUAUUAAUAUAAACUUGUUAAAAGAUUUCACUUUAAACCUGAUACAUGUAAAAACCAUAAGCAUUUUGACUGGCCGAUUUAAUUUACAAUAAACCUUAAAUUGUUGAUGUUAA